AUGGCCAUCGUCCCCCAGGUCUCACUCACCCAACUUCUCCUGUCCUCCACAUUCCUCCUUCAGGCCCUAGCCGCUCCCGCAGCCAACGUCGCCGCUCCGACAGUAAACAUCCCCAACGGCGCCAUCAUCGGCACCACGACGCAACCCGCAGUCCCGGGAGCAACAUACGCCAAUGCCUACCUCGGCGUCCCCUUCGCCAAGUCUCCUCCGGAGCGAUUCUCCGCCCCGGAAGCGGCCGCCGCGUGGACGUCCCCGCUGUCCGCGACCUCCUUCAAGCCGGCAUGCAUCCAGCAGUUCUCGGAUAGCGGCAACGCCCAGAUCUUGCAGAAGGCCAUCUUCGGUAACCCCACCGGUCCUCUGACCCAGGAGAGCGAGGACUGCCUGUACCUCAACGUCUUCACCCCUCCCACCGCCACGUCCUCGACCAAGAAGGCCGUCUUGUUCUGGAUCUUCCCCGGAAACCUGCAGUUCGGAACAGCAAGCCUGCCCAUCUACGACGGCGGGGCUCUCGCUGUUGCACAAGAUGUGAUCGUCGUCACUACCAACUACCGCACCAACAUCUUUGGCUUCUCCAACUCGCCCGAUAUCCCCGCGGGUACUCAGAACGCCGGUUUCCUCGACCAGCGUCUCGCUCUGAAAUGGGUCCAGGACAACAUCGGCAGGUUCGGUGGUGACCCGUCGAAGGUUACCAUCUUCGGAGAGUCGGCCGGUGGAGAGUCAGUCAAGCAGCUCCUCGCCAACCCGCCGAGCCCGCUCCCGUUCUCGGCGGCCAUCAUGCAGUCGCAACAGGCCAUGCUCAUCGGAUCCGGUUCCGACAGCUACAGCAAGGUCCUCAAGCAGUUCAACUGCGCCGACGUUACCUGCCUGCGCCAGGUCUCCGCCUCGGACAUCAAGGCCUACAUCGAGUCCGCCGCGCUCGUCUUCCCUCCCGUCGUCGACGGCACUUACACCAACGACGUCCGCAACAGCAUCAAGAUCGGCCAGUGGCCCAAGAUCCCCGUCAUGAUCGGCACGACCCUCAACGAGGCCCGGGCCUUCCUCGCCGUGGAAUCCCUCAACGACGGCUCCGCCGCCUUCACCAACGCCCUCUCCACCGUCGGCCUCAAGGACGCGACCACCAAGAACUCGAUCCUCUCGCAGUACGCCCUCAAGGGCAUCAACGACCCGUACCUGCUGGCCGACAAGAUCAUCACGGACGCCGUCUUCACCUGCACGACCUCCCGCCUCGCGACGUUCCUGGCCGCCAACGGCGUCACGACGUACCGCUACCGCUACGACCCGACCUUCGCGUCGACCAGCAUCUUCGCCAACGCCGGGUCCUACCACACGAGCGAGAUCCCGUCCGUGUUCGGGACGUACGCGCAGUACGGCAAGUGGGGCAAGGCGACGGACCAGCAGGCCAAGCUGAGCUCGUUCAUGCAGGGCGUCUGGGGCGGGUUCGCGAAGAACCCGGCCGGUGGCGUGGGAUGGCCCAAGGUCGGCGGUGGUAUUCUCGGGUUUGAUAUGGGGUUGUUGGGGUCUGGAGGUUCCACGGGUGUCACGACUGCGAACUCGGCGAUGGCUGCUGAUUUUGUUUGCCCGCUGUACUAUGGCCUUGAGGAUGCGAUGGGUUUCUCGUGGUAG